AUGGAUCUCAGCGAUUUAUUCCCGUCUGUGAUCCCGCCGCCUCAAUCACACCUGCUCCCGCAACGUUGGCCUGGAGUUGAUCAGAGCUCCACCGCGACCCUGAUAGAAGCUCUCAAGGACAAUCACGAACGAUGGCACUUGUUUUUCAACGACAGAGGCUUUCACAACCAUACUGCGCACCGUCUACUCGCGCUUUGGACGCUGGGAGGCAGCGCGCCCCUCCUCGAGACGGCAUACGAGAAGGACAAGAAGACACAGCGCAAAGUAAUCGCGUCCCCAUCUGAGAUCACUACAGAGAACUUUACGAAGCAUCUGGGUGAUGAGGUUUACUACAGGGCUUACCUCGAUUUCUUCGUCGAUGCCAUCAAAAGAGAUGGCGUGGCAGCGACACUCAAGACGUACCUCUUUUCUUACAGGUACAAUUUCGGUGAUGGGACCCUUGGAUCGCGCCCUUACAUGCUGGACCGCUUUGUGGCCGGUGUCAUACACCCCUUGAUUCAUGUUGGCUACGGUGUUGAAUUCGGCAUUCCGGGCAUUCUCGCAGAGGGCCUCGCGCAAACAUGCGCUCAUCCGGCGUUAUCGACUGUCUUGAUGGUCGAACAUCUGUUCCCCCAAGAAGAUCACAAGGACCAUUCCGAGCUUGCCUCGGCAACGAGCCUACUAUCAUCAGUUAUCAUCUCCUCAUCGACGAUGCCGGAAAAUCCCCCCUCUGUACCCGCGAGUGGGCCGCACGCUCUGACGAUACUUGCACGUGUCCUCAAGGACGAUCUGUUCUCGCCUCGUCGUCCGCACAACACUGAGCAGUCCUUCACCGCCGUGCUUGAAGACAGAGAGCGCGUUGAGAAGAUCAUUCAAUACGCCGAUGAAUGGCUAAGCGGCACCCCAGGAAACGUCGAGCAGAAGUUCGAGGAGCUCGCGUGGAUGAACGUUGUGAUCUACGGCGUUGGUGGCUUCACCAAAUCAAAGACGUUCAACGCGGAUUUCUUCACGAUGCAUCUCGUAACCACAUCGCUGUUCGUACCAUCGUUGGCAAGGGCGGUGAAGCUCUCGUCUCAGCUUGCCCUAUUGCACGUCUACUUCGCGACCUCCCUCGCGCACUACGUUGGUCGGGGACGACCCGCCAUCGACAUCGGAAACUUCUACGACAACACGUCGAGGGGCGUCCUGCCCCUCGAACUCAGGGAGCCCGUCAGCCUGGAGAAGUACGGUGCGCGUGGGGUGAAGAUAGUGUCGAACCCAUGGCUGCCGUUGAUUCAGUCGGCGCUUUGGCAUCCGGAUGACCACAUACCGAAGGUCCAGAGGACACUUGCACACUACGCGAGGCUAUACGGCCACAGGCAUUCCGGCCACUUCUCGGGGCUGCUUGCGGACGCCGACGACAAGCUGCCGUCCCUCGAGAAGCUCGACUCGACGCUGUUCCUGAGAGUGGCGGGUCUGACGAUGAGCAGGCUGGGCUGGAUGCGCGAAGGGCAGCCCGCAGGGGCAUGGGAUAGGCACGGCUUCUUCGAUGCUUGA